AUCACAUACAGCACCCCGCAUUUCUCAAGAAGCUCUUCUUGUUUCCCUACAAACAAGGGGAAAGUUGAACUGAUGGCCCAACAAAACUGAGAAACCCCAUUAACAAUGUGGAGAUUUUUCCAAGAUGCUGAUGAUGAUGAUGAGCAGCGAGACUACCUGCUCGAAGACUCCCAAAGCCUAUGCUCUCUCUCCCCUGCCCAGAGGAUUUAUGGGUUUGCUGCGUGUCUGCUUGCGGGGCUUUUAUUUAUGCUCCUGUCGCUGAUUGUUUUUGCAAAGCCCAUCAAAUUUGCCUUGUUGUUUACCUUUGGAAACGUGCUGGCGGUAGGAAGCACAGCUUUACUGAUCGGAACUCGGCAGCAGCUAAGAAUGAUGUUUGAUACAGUCCGAGUCUAUGCCACAGCAGUUUAUGUCGGAAGUGUGAUUGUGGCUCUUGUUUGUGCUCUUUUGAUCCAUAGUAAGAUUCUUACCAUUGUUGCCAUCAUAUCUGAAAUCUGCGCCCUUAUUUGGUACAGCUUAAGUUACAUACCCUUUGCCCGUCGUAUGGUUUCUGAUUUGACUAUCCGUCUUUUCGACACCGAAAUCUAGAUGACUCAAAACCGAUUCACCAUUUUCUAGGCGAUUUCCUUCAUAAAAGUUGAAAUCUAUCGUUAUUUGGUGGUUUCUUGCCAUUCUUUUUAUGGGAACAAUCCGUUUUAAAUUCUUGCCACAUCACUAAUAUCAAUUCAAGUUUGUGUUGCUCCACUAAUUUUCAUUACAAACAUGUUUAAUGUGAAAAAUUUUGUGAAAGGAUUGUUUUCCUCUCAUGUUGGUGUUUGUAUUGGUUUUGUAAUUGUAUGUGGAAGGUCCAUCGAUUUUUAUUGUGUUUUGAGUUUGGAUCAUUUUGUUUGUCAUGACGUUCCUGAAAAUCGGAAAUCAUAUCAAAUUACGUUAUUUUGAAGUUGCCAGUUUACUCAAUUUGGAAAGUUAACGACACACGAGCUAUGUACGUUACGGAUGUAGUUAGGCAUGCCUUGCCUAACCGGCUAACCAUUAGUUAGGUUAUAAUUUUUUUUCCAUGACAUACUUUAAUAACAAAGAAACUGAGAUCAUGACAUUUCAUAGUAUAACUUUGUAUAUGUUUUCAAGAAAGUUUGACUGAAAGAUUCUCAAUUAAGUGUUGGGUUGUUUCACCGCUGACCAUCUUGGCCCAAUUAUUACCCAGCCCAAUUAAUUAACAAUAUAACCCAACCCUAGCCUUAUCCAAUCGAUCAGUCUUCCUCUCCAUUGUCUUUGCACGCACCGCCGGCAACCCCUUCUUCACUAUCUUCCUCAGCCUGUAAAUUCCCUUCAUCUGCCCGCAAAAUCUCAACUUUCUCACCAUGGUGGAACAAAAGACUUCUACAUUUGUUCUCUUUCAUCAAUGUUUGAUUUAUACAAACACACCAUCCAAACUUUUCAAUUGAAAAAAAUCAUGGGUUGACUUUUUUUUCUUUUCUUUUGGUGGUCUCAAAACAGAAUUGUUGUCUACAAAGAUCAGGUGUGACUAGUUGACGGGAUCCACCGUCCUUGAAUUCCUUUCUCUUGUUGUUGUUGUACUUCUUUUAGUCUUCAACAAGGCUCCACAUGGAUGUUUUCUUGAGUUAAUCAAGAAUAAGCUUAACAUAGAGAUCAAGAAUAAGCUUAACAUAGAGGUGAGAAGUCCCAUCUUCAGAACAAGAUCAUAAGGUUAAAAAAAGAAGUAUGAGAACAACAAGAGCAAGGGAUUCAAGGAAGAGAAUAUGGCCUAUCCAAACUGGUGUGGGGGAGUGGCGGAACUUUUCGGUGAAAGCAGCCGUAAAAUGCUAUUGUUCUUUUUUUUUACAUGAAUGAACCAAGGCGAUGGCUUUUUUUUGCUCAUGUGUGUAUUUUUUUUAUUAUUAUUAUUCUUUUUGUUUGUGAUGCUUGUGUUUUUUAUUGUUAGGUCACGGAUGCAAUAGAAAUGUUGGUUUGGAUGACGCCGUGAGACGAAUACCGGAGAUGGAGCCGGGAUUCUUGUUGGGCUUCCUCAUGAUUUCUACAGAGAGGCAGCUAAAGAUGCUGGCUUUGAGCUCGAAGGCUCUCGGAUGAUCGUCUUACGUGAUAAUGAUGAAUGCUGAGAAGCUUUGUGAGGGUUGUGCUGGUUUUUGUUGCCAUUUUGUGUUGAUAAAGAAGCUUGUAGUAUGAUUGCUUGUUGUUUCAACUUUCAAGUGCUGGUAAAAGCUAUGUCUGUUCAAUAUAUUUGAUCAGAAGUUAUUAUGCUUGGAGGAAUAUUUAUUUAAUCUAUUUAAGCAUCAUUAAUUUUGCUUUAGCUUGUUUUUCCAAUUAAUGACAAUUUUUGAAGAUAUACAUGUGCUAGUAUUUUCGUCACCGUUUGUUUACCAAGGUUGAACGAGAAGAUUGUAAAGACUGG